GGAUUUUAUAAAUACCCAGCCAGCCAAAAUCGUGUGUCUCAGGAAAGACUCAAUCAGUGGCUUUAUGAAGAAAACGGGAAAGAGCUGCUCGAUCUUAUCUGUAGCUUGCUAGAGUGUAGGUAUAACAUGGAAAGCACAGAUGCAAGGGAAGAUCAAAGGGGAUCAGAAUCCGAUGGUCACAUGUCCGUGGAUUGGAGAGGGAAGUCAUGCAGGCCUAGUAAACAUGGGGGAAUGACUGCUGCUGGUUUUAUUUUAGGACUUCAAGCUUUUGAAAUGAUGGCAAUUGCGGCUGUUGGGAAUAACCUGAUAACCUAUGUGUUGAACGAGAUGCACUUCUCUCUGCCAAAGUCAGCAAACACAGUCACAAAUUUUGUUGGGACUGUUUUCUUGCUAUCCCUACUUGGUGGGUUCCUAUCCGAUUCGUAUCUGGGGAGCUUCUGGACCAUGCUUAUAUUCGGUUUCGUGGAGCUUUCUGGAUUCAUACUGCUGUCAGUUCAAGCUCAUGUUGGGGAACUGCGGCCAGCAAAGUGCAGAGAUGGUGGUAGCACUAAGUGUGAGGAAGCGAGCGGGUACAAGGCCUGGAUAUUCUAUGGGGCGCUCUACCUGGUGGCCUUGGGGAGUGGGUGCUUAAAGCCCAACAUUAUUGCCCAUGGAGCAGAUCAGUUUCCCAAGCAGUCGACCAAGCUCUCCACUUUCUUCAACUUCGCAUAUUUCGCCUUCUGCUCCGGUGAGCUCGUCGCCCUCACCCUUUUCGUGUGGAUUCAAACCCAUUCCGGGAUGGAUAUUGGCUUUGGAGUUUCUGCUGCUGCUAUGGCCGUCGGAUUGAUUAGUCUCAUUUCUGGAUCCUUGGUUUACAGAAACAGCCCACCCCAUGGAAGCAUAUUCACGCCCAUUGCCCAGGUUUUCGUGGCAGCCAUAUCAAAGAGAAAGCAAAUCUGCCCGUCCAAUGCAGAGAUGCUGCACCAAAGCGAUGUCCUUAUUCCACAUCGAAGGUCAGGUGCUACCCCGGGUGGGACGCCUUCUUCCACCAAUGUCACACUCAUUCACACGAACAAGUUCAGGUUCCUUGACAAAGCCUGCAUAAAAGUCGAAAACAACGGCGGCAAUGGAAUGGGGGAAAGCCCAUGGAAGCUGUGCAGCGUCUCACAAGUGGAGCAAGUGAAGAUACUCCUGUCAGUAGUCCCCAUUUUUGCUUGCACCAUCAUAUUCAACACCAUCUUGGCUCAGCUCCAGACGUUCUCCGUCCAGCAGGGCACUUGUAUGAACACUCGUCUCACCCCCAACUUCCGCAUCCCUCCCGCGUCUCUCCAGUCAAUUCCCUACAUGAUGCUCGUUCUUGUAGUCCCCCUUUACGAGACUGUCUUCGUUCCUCUUGCACGGCGAGUCACACGUAAGGACUCUGGAAUCUCUCCUCUCCAGAGAGUCGGGAUUGGCCUCUUCAUCGCCACAUUCUCCAUGGUCUCGGCUGCAGUUAUCGAGCACAGGAGAAGACAAGCUGCCUUGAAAUUUAACAAAACGCUUUCCAUUCUCUGGAUAGCUCCCCAGUUUCUAAUCUUUGGCCUGUCGGAGAUGUUCACAGCGGUAGGACUCAUCGAAUUUUUUUAUAAGCAAUCCAUACAAGGGAUGCAAUCCUUCUUGACCGCCAUGACGUACUGUUCCUACUCCUUCGGGUUUUAUCUGAGCUCCCUUCUAGUGUCUCUGGUGAACAGAGUAACUUGGACCACCGCUGGAGGGGGAGGAGGAGGAGGUUGGCUCAGCCAGAACGACCUCAACAGAGAUAGGUUAGACCUGUUUUACUGGUUGCUAGCUUCACUCAGCUUCAUCAACUUCUUCAACUAUCUCUUUUGGUCGAGAUGGUAUUCUUACAACCCAUCUGUAUCACCAACUAGUACUCCUCCACCUCCAUCUCGUAAACUACAACUACGGGUAGAUCAAGACCUAGAGAAACAAAAUUCCGAUGGUACUAGCUAGCUAACUAGUUUAGAUAUACAUACAGCUAGCUUGCAGAAUAUGGUAUAAUUAUACUCCCUAUAGAAUUCCCGACGAACAACUACCUAGUCUUCUAGUAUUAAUUAAGGAGUGAGGAUGAACACCACAUUUGUAAUUGGGUGCAUGUACGGAUGGUACAAUUAUCCUAUUUGACAUUAGAGCAAUUACAGUAUAAAAAAAAAAAAAAAAAAAAAAAGCUUAUUUUUAGAUUUUUUUACUUCAACUCAUUAAAAUUUUGAAAGUCCUCUUAUGUUCAUGACACGCAAUGACUCGUCCAGGUUCC